UGAACACCGCCGGUGAUGUUUUUUGGUUUGUCGAAGGGGCUGGAAGUGGAUGCCGACUGGGUCGGUGGGAUGUCAUCAGAUGGGCACAUGGCCCGAGCCGGAUGAGCCGGGUGAUGACUCAGUUUGGGAAUCGGUUCGUUGUGAGUAAUAUAAUAUAGUGUCAGUGUGAGUGUUAACAUAACCUCACAAUCGACACAAGCUCAAUCAUUGAACCGAAGGGAACCCCCAUUGCUUUGAAACGCACGUGCUCAAACAUGGGUGUGGCUGUGACUGUGAGAUAUGCUAGCUGCUAGCUCAAAGGCAUCUCGCCACAAAGCAAGCCAACAUCCAAAGAGAUAUUUUCCGCCCAGCCGCAUGUAGAGGCCAUGGCCUUCGACCGAAACCGAGCCGCACGGGCAGAGAUCCAGGAAGAGGGCUGUGGCAUCGACCUCUACGAAUUCCUGGACGAAAAGCCCCCCGACCCACCGGCGCUCCCCGCCCGUGCUCGAGCACACUCACUGCCACCAGGCGGGCGUUUCCGUCAUGACCGCGCGACGCGCUCCCGCUCUGACACGCGCCCGUCGCCGGGGUCUGCAGUGUCGGACACCUUGGAAGGUCCGUUGAUUGAGCCUCCCUUGGUCGAUCUCUAUGUCUUCCUCGGAGAGACGCCGCCACCGCAGCACCUGGUGCGCCGCCGGGAUUUGGAUCUACGGCGUGCCUGGGCAGAGGUCUGGUGGCGCUGGAACGGCCGCCGACGGGCGGGUGACGCGCAGAGCCAAGUGGAUGAGAGCCUUGGACCCAGUUGUGACUAUCAGCAACUCUCAGAAGGUCCUGGUGCAUCAGUGGCUCAGUCCACUGCCAACAGCUUUCGAGACUUUUGGCUCUCCUUGGGAGGUGGCCCGCUCAGCAUGGAUCUAGGCGCCACGCGGUCUGACAGCAACCGACGAGGUACCGAUCCCGCACCUCGUGGCCGUGACGACCGACGCGACGUACCGGUCACGGGGAUUGCUGGACCACGUGCACGCUCCGUCUUUGAGCCGCGAGCCAGCGAUCGUUACCAUGCUUUGGAGGGCGAACCUCGGGAUCCCGAUCCAGAUCUACAAUGGCCCUGCAAUGAGCCUUGGGAUCCAGCUGAUUUGGAUGCCAUGGCACGCUUCGGGGUGAUGCCAAUGGGCUAUGGGCCGUGGAACAUGUAUUGAGGCAUGUAUUGAGGCGGGGCAACUCAGAGCAGCAUGCGGACUUGGCACGCCUGAGCUUGCUUGGACGAGGCACGUUAUUGCAAUCCUUGAGAAUCGCGGCCUGGACGAGUCUCUAGAGAUGCUCCAAAGAUCUCACGAAUGGCCGCGGGAGACUCCGCCGUGAUUCUCCGGCUUGUUUAGGUUUCCGGAGAAGGCCGUGAGACUGGUGCCUCC